AUGUAUUUUGUUGCCCACGACAUUAUGAGCCGCACUGCGCGCGUUGAUUGCGAUGCCCCAUGGGACGAGGAGACCCCCCCGCAUAGGUGGCUAGAUAAUGACGAUCUAGACGAGAUUGAUACAACUGUGGGUUGCUCUCGGCGUCUGAUGUCACUUCUGAGCCAGACAUCAGCCCUGGCUCGACAAAAGAUCAAGGCUCGCGAUCAUCCUCAUUCGAAGCUCAAAAGCGAAUUUAUCAAGGAAUGCGAAGACAUUGGAACUGCACUCGAAAAUCUAAAGCAAAAUCUGCGUGCCUACUCUCCUACAGCGGACAAUUUUAUUUUGCAAAUUGCAGAAAUCAAACGUCUCACUGCACUUCUUUAUUUCACAGAAAAUCUUGGGGAUGUAUUACCACCGCCACCAUCACCACCAUCACCACCACCACCAUCAUCAUCAUCAUCAUCGUCAUCAUCAUCAUCGUCGUCGUCGUCGUCGCCACCACCGCCUCAUGAUUAUAUUUCGGCAUCAUAUUACCCUGACUCUGCAUCCACUCGUUCGUCGUCACCCUCAACAUCCUCAUCGUAUCCUUUUCCGUCGCUCAAACAACCCACCAAACAACGUCUUGUCAGUAGUAUAAUCGACCUGAUAUCAACAUUGCCAAACCCUAAUACAGCAUCUGUGACAUGGCCACUAUAUAUAAUCGGACACAGCACAGGGCUCGAAGACGAGUUACAACGACGAUUCGUCCUCGAACGACUUCGGGCGAUUCAACAUACCCGGAACUUGGGUAACGUGCGACAGACUAGAGUGGCUGUUGAGCGCGCUUUUCGCACGACAGACUUAGAUUUGCCACCGGUAUCUUCGCAGUCUCUAAUAGUGAAGAGGAGAGGUAGCAGGAGCCAGGCCAAGGUUAUUAGUUUGGCUUAA